AUGUCGUGCGACUCAAGGAGCACCCCUCAGGAGCAGCUCAGGUCGGACAAGCUCCACCCACCGGCGCCGCCAAUGCCGGUGAUCAACCUGGGUCACCUCACUAUUGAACCCGAGGCACGAUCUCGCGUGGUGGAAGAUAUCGCCAGAGCGUGCCAUGAUCUCGGAUACUUUCAGGUUAUAAACCAUGGGAUCAGUCAAUCUGUCAUGGACCGUGCCGUUGAAGCAGCUUCAGAGUUCUUCAAACUUCCAAGUGAGACAAAGCAGGAAUUUGCAUCAGAUGAUAUCCGACGGCCUGUUCGAUACGGCACCAGCUCAAAGGACGGCACUCGUCCGGCACGGACAUUCCUAAAGCAUUAUGCCCAUCCCCUCAGUGAAUGGUUGCAAUAUUGGCCAGAAAAACCACCAACCUACAGGGAGGACAUGGGAAAAAUUUCAGCUGAAGUAAGGAGGGUGGCUCUGCAGCUGAUGGAAGCCAUACUUGAAGGCCUGGGACUGGGCAAAGACUACCAGCAUGAAGAAUUUCAGAGAGGAUUGCAGCUACUGCAAGUGAACUGCUACCCGAAAGAACCAGAAGGCGAUUCGGCGAUAGGGCUGGCACCGCAUUCCGAUCACGGAUUUCUCACCAUCUUGCUCGCAAGCUGUUCAGGCCUGGAGGUUCUUGACCGAAGUAGCAACACCUGGAGAGUGGUCCAGCAACCCCGGCACGCGUUGCACGUCCACGUGGGAGACUACAUGGAGGUCCUGAGCAAUGGCCGGAUCAGGACCGUCGUGCACCGUGCUGUCCUCAACCCUGGAGAGGCGAGGAUCUCCAUGGCGAGCAUCCAUAGUUUUGGGAUGCACGAGACGGUAUCCGUUGCCAAGGAGCUGGUGGAUGAGCAAGAUCCUGAGAGGUACAAGGAGAGCAGCUUCAGUGACUUCCUGGACUAUCUCAUGAGCAAUGCGGACAAGAAGCGCAUGAGCUUUCUUGAGAGCCUUAGGAUUUGA